CCCCGCCCCCAAUGGGCGGGACCUCCGAUGCAUCGAGAAAAUGUCAACAACAUGCCGGAGUGUUCCAGAGAAACAGAAAGCGAGGAAGCAGCAACAACGGCGGCGAACGGGCGUCAAACAGUUAAAGGAAACAAUACCUCCCACAACAUCGUAUCUUUAAUAUCUAAGAUCGCAGAUGAACAUAUCUCGGUCGUGCGGAGCUUCAGCACUUGUCUGGCCGUGGCUGGAGUCAUUCUAAUAGCAAGGAGCAUCAAACUGCUCACAAAAUUUCAAGCUGCACGUGAGAUCCCUGCUCUCUUCAUUGAGAGGAAUGUCCGCCUCCGUGGGAAAGUUCAUUCGAUCACAGAAAAAGGAAUUGAAGUGGAACAUGUGCCAAUUUAUCUGCCUGUUCUCUCUACAUUACUGUCUAAACGGGAUGUGUCCACUUCAACGAUGCUGGUGCAUCUGGCAGGAGUGGAGCUGACACCAGAGGGGCAGAUAUGGUUACAGAAUACCCUGGCACCUACCCAGGUGGUGUGGCUAAAACUUAUCAGCAGAGAGGACAAUGCUUUGAAUUGUUUGGUGUCCCACAACAGGCAGGGGUCAAUGUGGGGCCACUGCAUGAAUGAAGAGGUCCUCAAGCUUGGCCUGGCUCGCACUGCGCCUAUUGUGGGAGUGCAGCCUGAGUCCCGCCUGUACUGGCGCCUGCACAAACGGCUGCACAGGGCUGAGCUGAAAGCUGAGAAGAAGGGACGGGGCUUUUGGAAAGAGGAAAGUCCGUGGGAGAGAACUUUCAAGGCUGUCAGGGACAGCUCUAUAAUCAGACUGAUGAAGACCAUCUUUAAACGGUCUUGACAAAUAAUUGCGGUGUGUUAAAAAGUUGUGAAAGUCAA